CGGGUGCUGAAAUCCUGCGGCCUGUACCGGCAAAGUGGAGAGCACAGAACAGCAUGCUCACCACCACCAACCCCCCACCCCCGCUUUACUGAGCCAUUUUCUGGCCAUCGACACUGAUCGUCACCCAAGGCUGCGUAUGGAUUCAGGAAUUAAACUGAAUUGCCCAUCUACUUUUUUCCCCCUGAAUCAUGGUAGAUGGAAGAUGACGAAGCAGGAGGCUGAAACUAGCUGAGUUCCACCCUGAUGGAGAAGAUGCAGGCCCAGGAGAUGAUGAGCGGCCUGAGGAUACCAGAGAUGGACGACAUCGGCCGGUUCUUCCACUCGUUGCCGACCUCGACGCUGGUGGGCAUCGGCGCGCUGACCGCCGUGCUGGCUUACUGGCUGGCCACCAGGCCCCGCCCCAUCACGCCACCCUGCAGCCUCCUGCACCAGUCUGAGGAGGUGCCGCAUGAAGACGGAGGUCGCAGGUCCAUGAUGGGCGACCGGUCCAAGCUGCUGACUCAUUACCACGACGACGCCAGGACCAUGUACGAAGUUUUCCAGAGAGGCCUCCACAUAUCUGGCGACGGACCGUGUUUAGGCUCCCGACUCCCGAACCAGCCUUACAAAUGGAUCUCCUACAAAGAGGUGACGGCCCGGGCUGAGCAUCUGGGCUCCGGUCUGCUGCACCAAGGCUGCCAGCCCAACGACAGCCAGUUCAUUGGAGUUUUUGCACAAAACAGGCCAGAGUGGAUCAUCUCAGAACUCGCUUGCUACACCUACUCCAUGGUGGUGGUUCCCCUUUAUGACACUCUGGGCCCAGACGCCAUACGGUUCAUCAUCAAUACUGCCGACAUCUCCACGGUCAUCUGCGACAAAGCCGAGAAGGCGCAGGUGCUAAUAGACAACGUGGAGAGGAAGGAGACGCCGGGCCUGCGGCGGAUCAUCCUCAUGGACGCCUUUGACUCGGCGCUGCUGGAGCACGGCAGGGGCUGCAGCGUCCACGUGCAGGCCUUACACGAAGUGGAGGCUCUGGGCAGAGAACACUACAGAAAACCUAUACCGCCGGCACCAGACGACCUGUCCAUUGUAUGUUUCACCAGUGGAACCACAGGAAAUCCAAAGGGAGUCAUGCUCACCCAUGGGAACGUGGUAGCCGAUUUCUCAGGCUUCCUCAAGGUCACAGAUAAAGUCAUUUUCCCAAACCAAGACGAUUGCCUAAUUUCCUUCCUGCCACUGGCUCACAUGUUCGAGCGCCUCAUCGAGUCUGUGGUGUACUGCCACGGCGGACGGAUCGGGUUCUAUCAGGGCGACAUCCGGCUCCUCCCGGACGACAUGAAGGCCUUGCGGCCGACCAUCUUCCCCGUGGUGCCUCGACUUCUCAACCGCAUGUACGACAAGAUCUUCAGCCAGGCCAACACCCCGUUGAAACGUUGGCUGCUCAACUUCGCUGCAAAGAGAAAAGGUGCAGAGGUCAGCAGGGGGGUCAUUCGCAGUGACAGCAUCUGGGACAAGAUCUUCUUCAGUAAGAUUCAGGCCAGCCUGGGAGGACGAUUGAGGAUGAUUAUUACUGGAGCAGCUCCUACCUCGCCCAGUGUCCUGGGAUUCCUCAGAGCAGCUCUGGGAUGCCAGGUGUACGAGGCCUACGGCCAGACGGAGUGCACAGCUGGCUGUACCUACACCACACCUGGAGACUGGACUCCAGGACACGUCGGGGCUCCGCUGCCAUGUAACCUCAUUAAACUGGUGGAUGUUCCUGAGAAGAACUACUUUGCCGCUAAGGGAGAGGGAGAAGUUUGUGUGAAGGGACCAAACGUGUUCAAGGGCUACCUCAAAGACCCGGAGAAGACGGCCGAGACGCUGGAUGCAGACGGCUGGCUCCACACUGGAGACAUUGGGAAAUGGUUACCUAAUGGCACACUGAAAAUCAUCGACAGGAAGAAGCACAUCUUCAAGUUGGCGCAGGGCGAGUACAUUUCCCCCGAGAAGAUCGAGAACAUCUACAUUAGGAGUGAACCCGUGUCCCAGCUCUAUGUUCAUGGUGACAGUCUGCAGUCCUGUUUGGUGGGUAUUGUGGUUCCUGACCCUGAAGUCAUGCCUCAAUGGGCCAAAAAGAAAGGCAUGUUAGGUACCUACAAUGACCUCUGUAAAAACACGGAACUGAAGAAGGCGAUCCUUGAAGAUUUGGUGCGUCUGGGCAAGGCGAGUGGACUCCACUCCUUUGAGCAGGUGAAGAACAUCUACGUUCACGACGAGAUGUUCUCCAUCAACAACGGCCUCCUGACUCCCACGCUAAAGGCCAAGAGACCAGAGCUGAAGGAGUUCUUCAAGGCGAGGAUCGACGAGCUCUACAGCAGCAUCUCCAUGUGAAGGAGCACGUAUUUCCUAGAAGCAUCCUUGGACGCGAAGAUUUGAUUUGACUAACUGACCUGCACGGGUCAAAGAUGCAACACCUUAGGCCAUAUGUGCUUUGGGAAAGAAAGCCAAACACAUGGCUGUGUACUGGUGAAGAUUGAAACCUAAAUACCUAAAUGAAAACAAAUCGAACAAAGAAAUGGAGUCAAUUUCAAUGCACAUUCUGUUUUUUUUUGUUUUUUUUUAUGUAUGCAUUUACUGCAUCACAGGUGAAUUGAAAGGUCAAUUAUUUAGCUUUAGACCUUUAACGGACGGAUUUCUUUUUUCACUUUGUUAUAAAAUUUCAACUGAAUGUGAGGCGGCAGGAUUGAUAAAUUUUUUUUUACAAGGAAUUGCUUUACGUUCACUUUUGUUCUUGUAAAAAAACAAAACAUUUAAAGAGAUCCUAUAGUGGGUGACCUUUUGUGACCUGGUGAUUUAUUCCAUUGGCAAAGCUUCUUAAUCCUGCAGUAGUUUUGAGCAAUAAUUGGCAAAUUUGACACAAAAAGCUAUUUAUUUUGUUGCUUUUCAUUCAUUUGUGAUGUAGUAAGUGCAUCGUACACAUACACAUGUUUUUUGUUGGACUUAUUUUCAUUUGGGAUGCUCAAUCUUCCAUUACACUCCUUACCUGCUAUCCACCAAAACGAAACCAUCGAAUGCUCAUUCCUUCCGCAGCACAAAGAACACGUCACACGUCGAGAAGUCCGUUCUUUUUUUCCUGUCACUCGUUUCCUUCGUUUUCGUUUUCCCUCCUUCAAACCUACAACCGAAAUCUACAGCCGUAUGACACGUAUGUCUUUGUGUGUGUGUAGUGUAGCCCAAGGAGACAUCUAGUUAAGUGUUAGAUGUGUGAUACUAACGCCUUGUGGAAACAAGUCAUCUGAUCAACAUGUCAGCAAGGAUGGAAGCACAGUCAGACCAAAUUCGCCUGUUUGAGAUCAAAAUGAAGAGAAAUAAAGUAUCAAAGUAUUCACUCAUUCAUUCAGUCAUCUUUACAUAGCUGUGACCAGCGGUUUGGCUUGCAUGCUCUUUGUCUUGGAUGAAGAACUUGACCCCACUGACGUUUUUUAUGCUGCACAGUUGACACGUUCACUUCCUUUCAUUCAUUCAUUCAUCUUUGCACAUCUUUGAGUGUCAGGUAAAGGAAAGUAAAGAAGAAGAAGAAGAAGAAAAUGCAAACCUGGAGCUCAGGGCAGUGCAUGCAGUUUGCCCUGCAGUGCUGGAACCAUUUGACUUGAAAAAAGCAAUUCUUUUUUUUUUGUGUGGCCAUCCGUUCAUUCAUUCAUCCAUUCAGUCAUUCAUUCAUAGCAGGUUGUAUGCAGCUGCCCACAGCCUCUGCUGUUAGUGCAAGGCUUUGUAAAACGUAGGCAAAAGCUGACGAAAUCCCACGACACGAAACAGAACAAACUUUUAAACAAAAAGAAACCAUUCUCUUUUCCUUUCUGAAGGGGUUUUACACGUAGUUGUAAUGUAUAGGCUCUUUAAGUUGAUUACAGUCCCAAAGCAUAAAAUAAAAUAAAAUAAAACAACAUGGAUGUACAUAAAUGAGGACAGCUAGAUGUUAGCGUAUUUAUUGAAUCAAACUGUUUGACUGGAUUUUUUUUUCUCUCUCUUUUGCGUGUAGUGAGAUAAAAUUGUGCUUAUUUAUUUAUCUAUCGCUGUAAAAAAUUUGAAUCAGCACCAUAUCCUUGUAAUGAUUGAGUGCAGCAAUAGGGACGAGGGAUGGUGGGAAACGGGGAAAGGGCCGAUGAUGAAAUAAAAGAUAUUCUGGAAUGAUUUUAAA